AACACUGAUGUCUAUGGACUCUAACAUGGACUUCAUUUGAAGAAACUUACGGACCAUUAAAGGACAAAAUAUGAAUCAGUUUGUACUGUGGCAUUCAAAUCAUAGCACUUCGGGAGAGGCUUUGGGACCCUCUCUUGCAUCUGAAUUGUGUUCUGAUAAUCCUCUGAGUGCCGUCUCAGGACCUUGGGCCCACUCAUGGCACGAUGGCCAGCCCUCAGGAGCACCUGAGCUGCUCCUCAUCGCAGCACUUAGCCUCGAGUGAAAGCAGAGCCUCCAAUGUGCUGCAGGAUGUGCUCCCCCCGAUGGGGAACCGCUCUUCAGCCAAGCUCCUGGAGGACCUUCAGGAGAAGGGCGUGGUCCGCACAGAGCUUAUUGAGACCCUCAGCAGCCCCGUCACCACAACAGUGCUGACCAGCGUAAGCGAGGAUUCCAGGGACCAGUUUGAGAACAGUGUCCUUCAGUUACGGGAACAGGAUGAAUCAGAGAUGGCAGUAUCUCAGGAGAACAGCAGCCCUGUGGAUGGAGAAAACACGAAUGGCGCUGAGGACGUCAAAAUCCAGUUCAGCAGGUCGGGCAGCGGCAGUGGGGGCUUCCUGGAAGGACUGUUUGGAUGCUUACGGCCCGUGUGGAAUAUCAUUGGGAAGGCAUAUUCCACCGAUUACAAACUGCAGCAGCAAGAUACCUGGGAAGUGCCAUUCGAGGAGAUCUCCGAGCUGCAGUGGCUGGGGAGUGGAGCCCAGGGCGCUGUCUUCUUGGGCAAGUUCCGAGCAGAGGAAGUGGCCAUCAAGAAAGUGAGAGAACAGAAUGAGACGGACAUCAAGCAUUUGAGGAAGCUAAAGCACCCUAACAUCAUCGCCUUCAAAGGUGUUUGCACACAGGCCCCCUGUUACUGUAUCAUCAUGGAGUACUGUGCCCAUGGACAGCUCUACGAGGUUUUGCGUGCCGGCCGGAAGAUCACACCUCGACUUCUAGUAGACUGGUCCACAGGAAUUGCAAGUGGAAUGAAUUAUUUGCACCUCCAUAAAAUUAUCCAUCGUGAUCUCAAAUCACCUAACGUUCUAGUGACUCACACAGAUGCAGUGAAAAUAUCCGAUUUUGGCACAUCCAAGGAGCUCAGUGAUAAAAGUACCAAGAUGUCCUUUGCUGGCACUGUGGCAUGGAUGGCGCCAGAGGUGAUAAGGAAUGAGCCAGUGUCAGAAAAAGUAGAUAUAUGGUCAUUCGGAGUAGUGCUGUGGGAGCUGCUGACAGGGGAGAUCCCGUACAAAGACGUGGACUCAUCCGCCAUUAUCUGGGGUGUUGGAAGCAACAGCCUCCACCUUCCAGUUCCUUCCACUUGCCCUGAUGGAUUCAAAAUUCUAAUGAAACAGACAUGGCAGAGUAAGCCUCGCAACCGACCCUCUUUCCGGCAGACCCUUAUGCAUUUAGACAUCGCAUCUGCAGAUGUACUUGCCACCCCUCAAGAAACUUACUUCAAGUCUCAGGCUGAGUGGAGAGAAGAAGUGAAAAAGCACUUUGAGAAGAUCAAAAGCGAAGGGACUUGUAUACACCGCUUGGAUGAAGAGCUGAUCCGGAGGCGAAGAGAAGAGCUCAGGCAUGCGUUGGAUAUUCGUGAGCACUAUGAGAGAAAACUCGAGCGAGCUAAUAAUUUAUACAUGGAACUGAGUGCCAUCAUGCUGCAGCUGGAAAUGCGGGAGAAGGAGCUCAUUAAACGUGAGCAAGCGGUGGAAAAGAAGUACCCCGGGACUUACAAACGGCACCCUGUCCGCCCGAUAAUCCACCCCAACACCAUGGAGAGACUCAUGAAAAGGAAGGGCACCCCGCACAAGCCGGGGGUGCAGACCAGAAGGCCAGAUCUGCUGAGAUCUGAAGGCAUCCCCAGUACAGAGAUGCCUCCCAGUGCGUCGCCUGUGUCUGGAAGUCCCAAAAUGUCCACCUCAAGCAGCAAGAGCCGCUAUCGAAGCAAGCCGCGCCACCGCCGGGGGAACAGCAGAGGCAGCCACAGUGACUUUGCAGGCAUCCUGAAAAACCAGCCAGCCCAGGAAAAUGCGCCCCAUCCCCCUUAUCUGCCCCACGCUCAGCCCCAGGACCCUCAUGAGCCUCUGCAGCAGCAGUACCAGCAGCCCCCUCCCGCCAUGGCCCAGAGCCACCACCCCAGACUCAAUAUGCACGGACAGGACAUUGCCACCUGCGCCAACAACCUGCGGUAUUUCGGCCCGGCAGCCGCCCUGCGGAGCCCACUCAGCAACCACGCUCAGAGACAGAUGCCUGGCUCCAGCCCCGACCUCAUCUCCACAGCCAUGGCAGCAGACUGCUGGAGGAGUUCUGAGCCAGACCAGGACCAGGCUGGCCCCUGGGGCUGUUGUCAGGCUGACCCUUAUGACCCCUGCCUCCAGUGCAGGCCAGAACAGCAGGGGUAUUUAGAAGCCCCCUCCUCCGCAGAGCCUGCAGGGAGGACCCCCAGCCUUUCCAAGUCACCAGCACACAAUCCCCUCUUGGAAAACACCCAGGGUUCUGAGAAAUUGGAAGAAAAUUACUUCGGCGGCUGUAGGUCUGCGUCGUCCCUCAGCGACCCCCAGCACAUCACCCCCCCAGUGCUACCUCGAAAAACAAGGCCCCUUCAGAAGAGUGGAGAUGACUCCUCAGAAGAGGAAGAAGGGGAAGUAGAUAGUGAAGUUGAAUUUCCACGAAGACAGAGGCCCCAUCGCUGUAUCAGCAGCUGUCAGUCCUAUUCAACGUUCAGCUCUGAGAAUUUCUCUGUGUCUGAUGGUGAGGAGGGAAAUACCAGCGACCACUCAAACAGCCCUGACGAGCUAGCUGGCAAACUUGAAGACCGCCUGGCCGAGAAGCUGGAGGACCUGCUGUCCCAGACGCCAGAGAUCCCCAUUGAGAUAUCAUCACAUUCGGACGGGCUCUCGGACAAGGAAUGUGCCGUGAACCGCGUGAAGACACAGAUGUCUCUGGGCAAGCUGUGUGUGGAGGAGCGAGGUUACGAGAAUCCUAUGCAGUUUGAAGACUCGGACUGUGACUCUUCAGAAGGCGAGUGUUCUGAUGCCACGGUUAGGACCAAUAAACACUACAGCUCUGCCACCUGGUAAUGAAAGAACACCCGUCCCGAAGAGCUCGCGGCCGUGCGUGCUGGCGUUUGCUCCCACUCUCUCCCUGCUUUCUCGCCUGGGGAGAGAGCUGCCCUAUCUUCACUACCCCCAGAAACGAGCUGCAAUAACAGGGACCUAUGAGACUUCGCAAAUCUCAGAAACAGAAAAAUCCAAAUGAAAUUAAGUCUCACUGAACAUUUCAAUCAAGAAUGGCAGGGAUCUAUUUUAUUGAAUAUUCUAGCUACUGUAACAUUGAUAUUUAUUUUUGUUUGACAUUUUAACACUUUGUACUGUAAAGAGUGAACUAUAAAUGAUAUAUAGAGAGAGACACCAUAAUUUGUUG